GGAAGAUGGCGGCGUGGAGAGCGGUGCUGGCGGUGGGUGCGCGCACUCCGCUGAGAGGGCGGCUUGCUGGGCUGCGGCCACCUCGGAACCAGCGGCAUCCGUCCAGCUGGAGAGUCGUCACCGCUGCCCUGGUCGGAGGAGGGUCCCUGGUGGCGUGUUACAGCGGGCGGCCGGGUGUGUUCCCGACGGUCCUGGCGCAGAAGGAAGAUGUCAUCAGUGCGGAAAGAGACGAAAGGCUGUCUCUUCGGAAGCACCGCUUCAAGCAUUUUGCAUCAUUGGAAUAUGAAGGAGAAUAUUACAUGACACCAAGAGAUUUCUUGUUCUCAGUAGUGUUUGAUCAAGUUGAGCGUAAAGUCUCAGCCAAGAAACUGACAGAAAAGGAGAUAGAUGCUGCACUGCUAUAUGUUGCCAAAGCAAAACCAGGACCGACCUUUUUUAGAGAGCUUGGUGAUAAAGGGUUGAUAUCUUAUGCAGAGUACCUAUUUUUGCUGACUAUCCUUACGAAACCCCAGACUGGAUUUCAGAUUGCCUUUAAAAUGUUGGAUACAGAUGGCAAUGAACAAGUUGAAAAGAAAGAAUUCUUUAAGCUACAGAGAAUUAUCGGGAAGGAAGAUGAUUUGAAAACAGCUGGAGAUGAAACAGUCUUUCGGGAAGCAGAAUUGGAAGGCUGUGGUGUUAAUACCAUGUUGCUGGUACAUUUCUUUGGGAAAGAAGGAAAGGAAAAGCUUCACUAUUCUGAGUUUUUCAGAUUCAUGGAAAACCUGCAAACGGAAGUCCAAGAAAUGGAAUUCAUCAAAUUUUCAAAGGGUUUGAACGUCAUGAGGAAAGAAGACUUUGCAGAAUGGUUACUGUACUUCACUGAUGAGGAAAACAAUGACAUUUACUGGCAGAAUGUGAAAGACAGAAUUGAGGCAGAAGAGAAUAUCAGUUUGGAAGAAUUCAAGACUUUUUGCAAGUUUACAAAUAACCUGGAAGACUUUUCUAUUGCCAUGCAGAUGUUUACUGUAGCCAAUCGUCCUGUUAAACGGGCUGAGUUCAAGCGAGCAGUGAAGGUGGCAACAGGACAGGAGCUCUCAGAUAAUGUUUUGGAUACCGUAUUCAAGAUUUUUGAUCUAGAUGGAGAUGACUGCCUCAGCCACAGCGAAUUUCUUGGAGUCCUCAGGAACCGAAUUCAUCGAGGUUUGAGGGUACCACAACAGCAAGGCAUUCAAGGUUACUGGAAGUGUGUGAAAAGAGAAAGCAUUAAAGGAGCCAAAGAAGUGUGGAAACAAACUGGGAAGAGUCCUUUUUAAAGCAGUCCAUUGUUCUUUUGCUAUAUAUGUUGUUAUUUAGGGGAGUUUGUCCUGUUUACAUAAUAGCUGAAUCAAAAAUACUCUUUUUACUGUAGUUAAACUUUAAUUAACCCAGUUUCUAAUGCAAUAAUUUUCCAUCAUUCUAGUGCAAUCUGUUUGGUUUACAGAACUGUUGUCACUUUUGAUCUCCAUUCAGAGGUACUUCUGUUCUAGGGAAUAUUGUUGUUUACUCCUCUGUGGAGUCUGACCCUGCACUGUAGCACACAGGUUACACAGGAUUUCAUAGUGGCCACUGGCAGGAACGUGACAGUAUCUCUUGUUGGAAGAGUGGACAUCACCUCCCUUAGCCACUGGCACAGCAGAUCUAUUUCUCUGGCAAGGACAGAGGUCCAAAAGGUAAAAUCACUUGCACAAUGCACGCAAAUCAAGUUACCUUGAAUCAAAAAGGGAAAUUCACGUGGUUCUUGCCCUCAGUACUGUGAGCUGCUCACGUGCUGGUUCCUGGUGGAUGAUUCUACCAGAUCCUGUGUGGAUGUCUGGUUCAUCUACCUUCCUGAUGAUAAUAUUAAACUGGAAGUACAAGACCAGUGGUACAGGCUUUAAAAGUUGUACAAAUAAUCUAUGAAUGCAAGUUGAGUCUCUCAGACCUCUUCAACAAAUAGUAUAAAUGAGAAGCAAGAAUCCUCAUUCUAUCAUAAACAGCAGUAGCUACGAUUUGAGUCAUAGCUACUUGGCUUUAAUUGUGAAGGUGAAAGCAUAACAAAAAAUACUUUAUCUUACUAAAAGUUGUGACAGGGAAUGCUGCAGUAUCUCAGGAAUUCAAGGUUAUAGUAAGUGUUGGAGGAAUAGCAAGUCCAAUAAAAUAGUUAAAUAUAAAUAUAUAAAUAAAAAUACAAAUGUUUUAUUACUCCAAAGUUAGGCAUAAGAUCAUAGACAGUAAAACAAUGAACAGAUCAAAAUCAACAUUUAGCAAUUACAGAUGAACAUUUUUUAGCUAUAACAUCACGUGCAUCUUUGUGUACACAGGUGUGCACAUUACAUGUUGUCUCUUACAACCUCAUAAACCGAUAGUCCCAGGUCCAGACCAGUCUUUCUGAUUGGCCACUAUAUAUAGGAGACAGACCUAACUGUAAAGCUCUCAAGGUUCUUCCUCUUUGCACCUCUCAGUUGUCUGAUUCAUCUUGGCUGGGCUGAAAGCUUAAUCUUUCAAGGCAAGUUUAUGAUAACAGACUCUAAGGAUGGAGUAGGGGAAUAUCUCAAGAAAACAACCAAAAAAUCUCACUGCUCCAAGAAGAAGUGUCUGUCCCUUUUAAGCAUGACACUAGCUAUGUUAUUCUCAAAAUUGUAUAUAACCUCAACAGGAGGUGUUGUGUUGUAAUUUUGGGGGGUUUUGAUGAGGAGAGUCGUGAGAAAGGGAGACCCUUCCAUGACAGGUAGACAUCAGAGCAGCCCUCACUCAGAGGAGGGACAGUAGAAACUGCAUGAGGAAACCAUAAAGAUCCCAUCAAAGAAGAACUGAGGUCACAGAGAAUAUAUUUGGUAUAUCAAUAGCCAUCAGACAGGCUUGUGCUAAGGAGGAGUCUUGCCACCCAAACCUCAGUGCUGUGGUCUACCCUAGAGAAAGAGAGAGAAGGUAGCAAAGCAGCUCAUCCCUCCAUGGCCUUCACUUGGAGCUUUAAUUUCAAUUACAUUACAUGCACCCAGAGUUGCCCACCAGAACAAAGAGCAUGUUUGUGUGAGUCCUGAAACUGUCGGGAAGAUCAGGCACAGUGACCACCAAGGACCACUUUUUUUCCCCAGGAAACAAUCCAAAGAAAAUACAGCACAGUAAACACCUCAGCCUCCCCCCAAGACUGAACCCAUGCACUGCCCUGUGGGCCACAAGAAAUUAGAUAGCUGGUUUACUUUGUGCCUUUGGAAGUUGCUCACUUCUUCUGGUGAUGGAAGCUAUGACUAGAGAGUUGGUGAGAGCAAAGGUGAGGCCAUGGGACAGGCAACAAAGCACCACAGACAGCUUCGCAUCACCAACAAAAGGACACGAUCUCUGUGUAUGUGGUUGUUUUCACCCAAAGUGUUCUUUGUCCCAGUUCUAGCUCUAAUGCAAGGCUGCCUUGUACUUGUUGCUGUUAGAGUUUUGGCAAAUCAUUUUUACGUUGGAAUGAAGAUGAUUCUUUAGCAUUUUGUUCUGUGUGAUGUUAAUAGGUUUAUGAUGUUCUUUAUUGCUUUUGUGAUUUCUGCUGUUUGUUAAUUACUUGCUAUCUACAAGCUAUUUGGUUCUCUUUGGGAAAAAAAAAUCAAUUCAUUUAGCUUUAGUGUAUCAAGAAGCUUAAGUCCUCAUUGCUCACUUGUGUCUGGGUUUGUGCAAUCUGCAGUACCUGCUUUCAGCAGCAAGUUACUAAAAUGGGAUUUCAAGUUUUGGUUUUUAGCAAAAGCUUUGGUGUCAAGUUCAGAGGAAAACACAUAUGCUUAUUUUUAAAUGAACUUUCUCUACUUAAAACUUUAUUGAUUAGGAAUUAAAAUAGAGUUAUGAAAUAUUUUCAGAAGUUAUCCUGAAAGUACAGUCAAGAAGAAACUUCUUUGACGGCCAAGUAAGACUUGUCCAUCAGGCCUGAAGAAUCAGACUCUGUGUUUAAUUUGUAGUCUCUUUUUAUUUGUCUUAACUAAAAGGCUUCUCAAGCCAGUCUUAAAAUAAUUUCUUAUAUUUAACAUCUUAGGUUGAAAGAGCUGUUUACAUAAAUGUUUAGAUGGGCCUUGUCUUUUAAGGAAUCAGUCACACUUUUAGCAUUAGAUGGUUCAGUUCCUUUUAGUAACUGUAUGGUAUUUGCAACCCAUCUGUCAGCAUGACUCAGCACAGUUUGGUUAAAAGUUUAUUCCAGCUGCCAAUCUUAUCAGUUAAACUUGUCAGUUAGGACAUUUGUAAUGUUAGGAACUCUUCCUCUGAACAGAAAUGUAUGAAAAAACUAAAUAAAAUUCAUUUUUUAAAAAAAUCUCCAACAUUGCCUCUGGAUGUUAUGUGGAGUAAAGAUGAACACACUGUACAUUGCAGAAGUCCCAGAAUUUGGUUUAAAGUAUUUCAAAAGGAUACACAAGGAUCAGACACCAGCUGUCUGCUUUGAAUCUUCCUCUGGAGGACUUGGCCCUCCGCCAUGAGCCGCAAAGGGCGCAGAGAAGAUGAGCUACACUGGACUAAACUUGCAGUUUGUGCACACUGCCCUUCUUCAUCUGUUUUCAUGGCCCCUGAAGGACUUGCAUUGGGACAUUUUUCUUUUGUUAAAUUAAUGUGCUAUUUUGUGUGAUGGGUGAAAUCCCUUAGAGAGGAGUUGUUUUAAAACUUUUGUGAAUUUGGACCUAAAAGAAAUAGCUUCUGAAAUCAGAACCAUCCCUCGAGCAGUUUCCUGGAGAAAGGAAGUACUACAGGGGUGUCCUAUGCCCCAAGUCCACUGCUUUGGGGGAAGUUUGCCUUUUGUCAUAUUACCCUGUGGAGCAACUAUUAGCUCUGAAUCACCCACAAGAAAACCAGUUGU